AUGUCGUUCGCCCUGGUCAUGAGGCGAUCCGGCCUCUCGGUGGGCCGCACCAUGGUCCGUUUCGAGUCGACCACCACCACAACAAAGGCUGCCGAGACUGCCAAGCAGACUGUUUCCAAAGCCUCGUCAACCGUGUCGGAGGCAACUGCGAAGGCGACGCAAAGCUUGUCGCGCGUGACGGCGGCCGCCGGUCCGGCCCUCUCCAGCGCAGCAAAAGGUGCCGCGGGUGCACUAGGCCGCGUCGGCGGCCGGACCGGUCGCCUCGUCGGCUUCAUUGAGCAACAAACCCCCCUUGUGGUCUACUACUCCAAGGUUUUCGCCGAGGUAGCCAAACUCGUCUUCCACGGCCAGAAGAUGAGCCCGCCUCCCGCCUCGACCUUCCAAACGUACUUCCAAAACCUUUGGAAGCAGCUGCAGACCCCCGGCCCUUUCUUCUCGGGGCUUGUUGAGUCCGUCAACCCCCAACAGGUCCGCAAUAUCUCCAGGGCACAGCUAGCGGCUGGUGGAGUUCUCCUGGCCGAGUGCUUGGGCUUCUUCACUGUCGGCGAGAUGAUCGGCCGGUUCAAGCUAAUUGGGUACCACGGCGAGACGCAUGCCGCUCACCACUAA